GCGUAAAACGGGUUUUGGUGUAACCUCUUUCAAUGUAUAGAUGUUGGAUUGUCCCUGGGUGAACCAUGAUAAUUUUAUACAAUUUUUACGAAAAACGAGUAACGAAAUUGAUUCAUUCUAAGAAAAUGUCGUAUAAAUAUUGAAGAUAUCAUACGUUUUUAGAAUCAGUAAAGUUCAUUCUACAAAAUUAUAUUUUAAUUCAAAUUUGCGGUUUUGUUUCCUUAGAAGAAUGGUGGCGUGCUUUGUCUAUGGUUGUAAGCAUCGGUCAGAUCGUGCUAAUGCCCAAAAAUGCCGGUUCAAAAGAUUUCCACGAGAAACCAAAAUGUUAACUAAAUGGAUAGAUGUUAUUAGGAGAAUAGACAAACUCCCCAAUGAACACAGCAGAGUGUGUAUGUGCCACUUCGAGACUCAGGAUUCUUCAAUUCCGUCGAUAUUCCCGUGGAAUAUCAACAAAAGGUUCGAUUUCAAUUUCAAAUCACCAGAAAGGAGGACCAGGAAGAAAAAUGAUAGAUCAUUUUCACAGAACGCUGAAACGGGUGCAGAAUGUUUACGUACUGAUGGCGGGAUACAUUUUGCUGCUAGAAUAGAGAAUGUAGUGUGUUCAGAUAUUGAUGAUGGAAUACAUUGCCUACAGGAUGUCGAAUCAGAUCCGCUAGAGACUGAAAGGCUCGAUGAAAUAAACCCGUAUUUGAAACUAGAUGUGGAAAAAUUAAAGAAUGAGAAUAAAGAUUUUUGGGCACGAAUUCGUUCCUUCGCUUCUGUGCAAGAUGAAUUUGAAAAAUUGAGAAAUGAUUAUAAAAGGCUCCAUGAAAUAAACUCGUAUUUGAAACUUGAUGUGGAAAAAUUGAAGAAUGAGAAUGAAGAUCUUAAGGCACAAAUUCGUGCCUUCGCUACUGUAAAAGAUGAGCUUCAAGAUGUGAAAAAGGAAUACGAAGAUUCAACUCAGCAGAAUUUUGUAGAAUGCGUAGAAUGGAAUAAAUUUUGAAAUAUCAAAUGUAGAAAAAAUGUUCCGAUUAAGUGAUUUGGUUGGAAAAUUGAACUUUACCAAGCUUUUACUUUACUUUUAGAUGGUUAAUUUUAAUUUGUUAAUUAAUUAUGUUCUUUUUUUACUAUUAUAAAAUGCUGAAAUCUGAAA